AUGUUAAUAUCCAUCAUUCUAAUUCUAUCAUGUACCACAUACCACGCCGUCUCAUUGAAUAUCAACAGAAUUCCAUUUGAAAACUUUGAAAUUGGGCGAAAUAUCGACCAAUACUCUCUAUACGUCCGUCCUAAUGCUGUCUAUGUUCGGCGUGGUGAUUUGAGUUUGGAAGGUAAAGAUGUUCGUAUACCAACUGACAUACGAUCUGGUGAUGGCUACGAAGGACCAGCAGUAAUCUACAUAAAGUUUGAUAAGAAAACAAAGCAAACGGCUGUUUGGACAUUCGAUGGCACAGUUAAACGAGAGUUAUUAGAUGGUAAUUUGAUCAGCAACAAUGAGUACAUUAAGUUCUUGCCAAGUUCUGUCAGUGCGACGUUACUAAUAGAACAGUUGAGAGAAGACUCCGAUUCUGAAUAG